UUUUUAGUCGAAUUUCGUUAUUUCACGUUUAAAGUUCGUACGUGCGCUGAACGGACGGACUGUGACGACCGGAGUGUUGUGUUGUGAGUGCGAAAGCGUAAAAUCGGCCAGGCGGAUACACAUGCACUUCCCCCAAACGCAAAAAUAGGUAAAAAAAAAAAAAAAAAAGUUGAAAAAAAAUAUAAGGAAAAAGUCCGCACAAUCGCCUAUUUUUUAAAUCGUUUUCGAGUGAUCUUUGUGCUUUAUCAAAAUUAGACUGAGUUCAAAACCAAGUAUACAUGUGAAACAAAAUAAGAAAAUUAGCUCAGUAAAUAGCAAACUUUUGGAUAACCCCACGUUCCCGGAACCAUCUAAUAACGUACGUGCCUCAUCAUAAAACGCGCCCUCAACGAGGCAUUCGAGCGAAACCACUAACCAAAAACGGCCAAGCCAAAGAAAUACAUAAAUAAAGUAUAUCUAACAAAAGGGAAAACCAUUAAUGAAUACAUUGUAAAAGCCCAUGCGUGAAUCAAACAUAAAUAUACAUAUGCAGGCCAGCAAAGAAAGUAAUGUGUAAAUUCUUUUUUACACACAUAUCGUGUGCACAUAUAAAUACUAAAUACCGCUGAGGCAAUUAUAAUACUUAAUGAAUUUAUUGCACAAUUAAAGCGAAGCCAGCACAACAACACAACAAUAACAACAACAAAUUAAUAUGCCGCUGGCGUGAAAGUCACAACUCGACGCAUGAGAAAUCCCCCCUGCGCCACAGCACUGAAUUAUUAAUGAAAUCGAAUUACAAACAAAGCCCAGCGAGCAUCAGCAAUAACGAUUGCGAAUCGAAAUCGGAAUCGGAAUCGGAAUAAAUAAUAAAAGGCAAACAAAAAAUACAAAAACAACAAAAAAUAACAAUAAUAAAUUAUCAUAAAUAAGUACUCACAUCAACGAGAGCCGCGAAACGUGGACGGCUUAAUCAGCGAAAAGUCAGGCAGCUGGAAAAUAUUUCAGGCAAGGCGCAGGCGCCGCUUUUCACACGAGUUGGCAGCACACGCCACAUAAAUUGGCAUUUGCCGUUAAGCGCGCUGCCGUACUUUGCGGUCGGGACAAAAGCAACAACCACAACAGCGACAACCACUCAACAACAACAGCAAAAACAACCACAACAACCACUCAACACCUCCACCGAACCACCAAAGAAAAGCCGUCAAAGUGGAUUUAACAAAUUAUAAUAAAAUGCUGCAAUCCAGCAAUCAUCAUUAUUUAAGACCGGAUUAUAUGACAGCUGCAGCUGCCCCAACAGCGCAGCUGGACAACAAAAGCAGUCCGUUGGCGCUAUUGGCCCAGACAUGCAGCGCCAUUGGGGCGGAUACCACAAACCCCAAGCUGCUGGCGGCCAACAUCGAGAAGUCCACAAAGCAACUGCAGCACCAGGCCAAAGGCUCGAGCGGAUCGGGUGGAUCCGGCUCCUUUGGCCUCAGCCAGCAGGCAUCAAUGGAUGGCAGUGCACGCGAUAAAUCCUCGCCGGUUAGCAGUCAUUCAUCCAGCGUUAGCACCGGUUCCGUGGAGCAGCAGCAAUUGCCUCCCGCCCAUGGCGGCAGCAGCAAACCCACACCGACCACAUUCAAGCCCUACGAGCCGAACAACAACAUCAGCAACAUAACCACAGCCGCCGAUUGCGGCGCCACAAAUCUCAGUAGCAACAACACCGGUGCCCAGCAGCGGGUUAAGACCCCCAAAUCGACGGCGAACGGCGGUGGACAGCGCUGCGACUCGAACCAAAGUGCCAGCUCGCAGCACCGGGAAUCGCCCACAGCAGCCGGCUCAUUGAGAAGGACCCCCACCUCGGGACUGGCCGGUGGUAUGCAUCAUAAUGGCAGUCCCGGCCUGCCGCCCACCACCUCCUCGACGCCCGGCCGCAGCAAUUCCAAAGAGUCGGCCGCCAUGCACAGUCCCAGUGCAGCGGCAGCGGCUGCGGCGGCUGCCCAAAUCGCCAGCUCCAAUCGCCUGCAGGAAGCCGCCCUCGCCGCCGCCAAGGAGGCCAACUAUGUGAAGGCCCUGCACGCGGCCAGCCAGCAAGGAUCCGCCUCAGCCGCAGCAGCUGCUGCAUCCUAUUAUCCGCCCGGUUAUGGCAGCCCCUAUUCCAUGGACUUGAUGACCGCCAGCUCGUUGAUGUCGCCACACCACGCCAUGUUCAAGGCGUCGGCGAUGAAUCCGUAUCUGAACUACGCCCGGAUGAAGGGGCUGACGGAGCAGUCGAUGAUGGCGGCCACGCCGAACGUGUGCCGUGAUCCCUACUGCACCGGAUGUCCGGCCAGUCCGCACUACAUCAACAAGGCGGCGGGCCAGCCGUGUCCGGCGGGAUGUCCGCAGUGCGAGGGCGGCGGAGGCGGUGGGGGUGGUGCAUCCAAGUCCAGCGGCAGCCAGGGCGGAGCGGGUGGAUCCUCGAGUGCGGCAGCAGCGGCGGCGGCGGCAGCUGCCUCCUCGUACCACGCCCAGUUGGCCGCCCUGGCCGCCGCCUCCCAAAUGCCGUACGUGUGCUCGUGGAUCGGCAGUGAUGCCGCGUACUGUGGCAAGCGAUUCGGCACCUCCGACGACCUGUUCCAGCAUCUGCGCACCCACACGGCCUCCGUGCCGGAUGCGGUACUGAGUGCAGCGGCCGCCGGCGGCAUACCGCCCAAUCAUCCGCUUUUCCAGCGCACCUACCCCACCCCGCCGCUAAGUCCGCUGUCGGCGGCCCGCUAUCAUCCGUACGGAAAGCCUUCGAUGCUGCCGCCCUCGCUGGCGCCACCCGGAAUGCCCGGACUGCCACCGCAUCCGGCGCUGGCCCAGUACUUUGCGCCGUACUCGUUAUACGGGCCCAGGAUGGGAUCUUCGCAUCCGUAGUAGGCGGCUGAUUGAAUCGCACCAUGCGAAAGUUCGGCCUUCAGUCAAACCCAUCAUUUCUCUUGAGUCGUCGUCGUAUCUCUAUGUGUUUUUGGUGUAUAUGUAUGACUCACUCGUGAAACGAAAAGCUAGUGAUCUAAUGUACUGUAGUUACAUACAAAUGUGUUUACAAUUUAGCUUAAGGAGUCUAGCGUCUAGAUAUAAAUAUGUAUAUCUAAAUAUCAAUGAUAUAUUACAUAGUGCAGCACAUCAAAUAUCGCUCGUCCUUGUGUGUCUGUGUGUUUUGUGGUUGCUACUAAACGCAUACGGUAAUUUUAAUUUAAUUUAUUCUAUUCAAGCGAAACGAUUACGGAAUUAACGAAAUGAAAAGAUUGUCCAAAAACUAAAAGUUGUAAAAUUCUUGUAAAAUAUAUGAGUAACUGCUAAUAAUUAAUUCUAUACAUAUGCCUAAACAUAAAUGUGUAAUUAUGAACAAUAUUUUAAUGUUCAAUUAAGUCACUACAAAGAAAUCAAUAAAUCAAA